AUGGCUGAUCCCGUUGCUGCGCCUGCGCCUGCGCCCGUGCCCGCGCCCACACCCUCGCGCUCGUCAGCAGCGACGUCCUCCAACUGGCGCGACGCAUCUAGCUGGAGGAAAAACGAGAGCCCUGCAUCUUCACCGAGGCCGUCUAGAUUCACGCAGAAUCGGAGUACCGGUGGUCCCUCAUGGCGUGAUAGAGAAGAGAAGAAAGCGACCGAGGACGGGCAAACUAAUGGCGAUAAUGCCGCCCGUCGCUUGGAUCCCUCAGACUUCUUCCCUAAAAGCCGACCGUACGACCGGGUAAGAACUAACAAGUCGCCUCAGAAAGACGACGAUGGUGCGGCGAAAGCUAUUGCGGAAGGGAGGCGGAUCUAUAUCGGCAACCUCCGUUACCAGGCCAAGCCAGAUGAUAUUGAGGAUCUACUGAAAGCAAACGACCUGGGUCACUUCAUCAACAUUCACAUCUCGAUUGAUCCUUUCACCGGACGCAAUCCUAGUUAUUGCUUCGUUGAGUUCCCUGAUGCCGACUCAGCAAAGAAAGCCAUGGAGAUUUUAGAAGGCAAGGAUCUACUCGGUCGUGAGGUCAAAUGCCGACCAUGCCAGCCCAAAGGAAGCGGCUCAGGCGGAAAACCCAGCGAGGCACCGAAUCGCUGGGGUCAGUGGUCGGGCGAAAAGGAUAGUGACGAGCAGUCGAAACCAAGGUCUUUCGACAGAUAUCGCCAAGACUUCACGGGGAAGCGUCUCUAUGUGGGCGGGCUGCCGCGGAUGCACGACCAGGCAACUAACUUCGCUGAGAUGACCGAGCUAUUCAAGGAUUACAAACUUGAAGCCAUCAGCAAGCGUGUCUCUGCACAUGAAAGCACCCGGGAACUUCCUGGCCGCCAUGACUACUGCUUCGUGGACUUUUCGACGCCCGAACAGGCCAAAGAGGCCAUGGAAGCGUUGAAUGGAACACCAUUCAAAGGAGAGCGUUUGAAGGUAUCUCCAGCCAAGGGCCGUUCCAACAAGUGGCGGGAGAGGGAUGAGCUCGAUGGCAAGCGAGGUUUCGACAAGCAAGAUGCGCCCGCUAGGGAAUGGGGCAAUGAGGAGUGA